AUGCCCUGUACAAUCAUUCGCAAUUCAACUGGUGGAGGAAGCAUUGGAGCCGAAAGCACAGUCAAAGCUGCCAACACCUUCACUGGUGACGUCUGGAUGGACAAACUUGCGGGCCCAGUCGACGGGAUCCAUUGUAACCACGUCACCUUCCUGCCCGGUGCUAGGACACAUUGGCACACUCACGAAAAUGGGCAGAUACUCGAGGUUAAGGCUGGAAGUGGGUGGGUGUGCGAUAAGGGCGGCAAGCCCCAACGCAUCAGCGUGGGCGACAUUGUGCAGUGCCCAGCCAAGACGGUUCACUGGCAUGGCGCCGACGAUGGUAGCAUGAUGAUGCAUCUUGCCAUCAGUCUUGGCAAGACUACUUGGAUGGAAGAGGUGAGCCAGGAAGACUAUGCUGCGAAGAAUAGCUAA